AUGCCUCAGAAGAAGGCCGUCAUCGAGAGUUUCCUCCAGGCUAUCAAAGCUCAUGCGGAAGCUGCCAAGGAAAAUCAGGAAAGCUUCAGCAAGCUUGCCGAGGACGUAGAAGGCUUCCCGCGCAAAGUAGAGAGCGCUCUCAGUGCAGCAGACUCAGUCCCCACAGUUUCGUCUGGGUUUUCUGGAAAGGUUUGGGAGUGGAUAAGGAAAGUCAAAGAGUGGGCUGUAAAACUCUGGACUACAAUCUGGCAGAUGAUUGAAGGGCUCUUCACGAAGCUAGUCAGUAUUCUCACUACAGCUCUCGCACGCCUGCGAAGGAUCAGUUUCCGCUUCUCGCCCUGGGGGCCGUCUAUUCAUUUCGAUUUCGUCCCCGGCGGCGCGCCCAGGGGUCACCAGAAGAAAGACAAUUAUACCGCCCUUCAUGACAAGCUCGCGGGCUUCGAGAGUGUAUGGCAGCUGAUACACGUCAAGUGUUCCACGCUGACAGCGAAUCUCGAGUUCGCACAGACAUUUCCAGAAAUGUCAGAGCCUCAAUCUGUCGAUAUUCUCCUGGAGGAGGCGGCGACAGCGGUGUUAGACGACCCACUCAUUGAGUGUCUUCAUGCCUACUACAGGGGCGAAGUCUUGGCAUAA